UCAGAGAUGGUCCAAAGUGAUCCCUCAGGGAGGAGGAGAGCGCUAAUCACCGGAGCAGGAGUCUGAGGAGCAGCGGAGCCGCGUCGUGCCGAACCUUCUUUAAGUUACGUUAAACCUUCCAUUUCCCGCAUCUUCAGAGGAGUUUGUCAAUAAAAACACUUCAGAGGAGAGAAGACGCGGCUGCUGCUUCUUCUGCUGCUUCUUCUUCUUCUUCAGUGUGGACUGUUUGUCGAUCACUGGAACAUUUUUGUGCGUCUUUCCCGCUGCACGGUUCCCGCCGCCGCCGCCUCCGCCUCCUGGUUCCCGGAGCCUCUGGUUGAUCAUCUGAACAACUGCUGCUGUUUUCAUCUCUUAUCUUCAUCUGUUAUUUAUUUAUGUGUUUGUUUGUUUGUUGUUUUUCCCGGAGUCCCAGCGUGAACCUCUGGAUGCCGUCACCUCCUCUCAUCCCUCCACACGUCGCAUCUUGUGUUUACCUUCAGAAACGCACGCCAAGUGUUGGAGACCACGACACUCUGGUCCUGUGACAGAGCGGACGGACGCACGCACGCACAAGAGGAGGAGGAGUGGAGGAGAGAGAGAGAGAGGGAGAGAGAGAGAGGGAGAGAGGGAGGGAGGGAGAGAGAGACUGAGAGACUGAGAGAGAGAGGAACCACAAGAAGGUGCGUUUUGAUGUUUGGCAUCCACGACCACAUCCAGAGGAGUGGGAGUAGUAUGAAAGAAGAGCCCAUGGUGGCCGGGAUGAACGCCGUUCGGACAUGGAUGCAGGGCGCCGGGGUGCUGGACGCCAACACUGCCGCCCAGAGCGGCGUGGGUCUCGCUCGGGCGCACUUCGAGAAGCAGCCGCCCUCCAACCUCCGCAAGUCCAACUUCUUCCACUUCGUCCUGGCCCUGUACGACCGGCAGGGGCAGCCGGUGGAGAUCGAGAGGACCACGUUCGUGGACUUCGUGGAGAAAGAGAAGGAAAUGUCGGGGGAAAAGACCAACAAUGGGAUCCACUACAGACUGCAGCUGCUCUACAGUAACGGCAUCAGGACGGAGCAGGACUUGUACGUCCGUCUGAUCGACUCCAUGACCAAACAGCCGAUCGUCUACGAAGGCCAGGACAAGAACCCAGAGAUGUGUCGGGUUCUGUUGACCCACGAGAUCAUGUGCAGUCGAUGCUGCGACAAAAAGAGCUGUGGCAACAGGAACGAGACCCCGUCAGACCCGGUGAUCAUCGACAGGUUUUUCCUCAAGUUCUUCCUGAAGUGUAACCAGAACUGCCUGAAGAACGCGGGGAACCCUCGAGACAUGAGGCGUUUUCAGGUGGUGGUGUCGACCACGGUGAGCGUGGAGGGUCACGUCCUGGCCGUCUCAGACAACAUGUUCGUUCACAACAACUCCAAACACGGACGCAGAGCACGAAGGCUGGACCCUUCAGAAGGAACGCCCUCCUACUUGGAACACGCGACUCCAAGCAUCAAAGCCAUUAGUCCCAGUGAAGGCUGGACGACAGGGGGCGCUACAGUCAUCAUCAUUGGGGACAACUUUUUCGACGGUCUGCAGGUCAUCUUUGGAACCAUGCUGGUCUGGAGUGAGGUCAGUCACCGCAAUCAUUUCAUUCUCUUACAGCUCCGUGUCAGCACUGAUCACCGUCCUCGGCUUCACAGUGACAUUGCCUGUGGCUACGCGGCCACCGGGGGGCGCGGAGCCACUCCGCCCAGACACAUCCCCGGGGUGGUGGAAGUCACGCUGUCCUACAAAUCGAAACAGUUCUGCAAAGGCACACCUGGACGCUUCAUCUACACAGCACUAAACGAGCCAACCAUAGACUACGGUUUCCAGAGGUUACAGAAGGUCAUCCCCAGACACCCAGGAGACCAGGAGAGAUUACCCAAGGAGGUGAUCUUAAAGAGAGCAGCAGACCUGGUCGAGGCCUUGUACGGGAUGCCUCACAAUAACCAGGAGAUGAUCCUGAAACGAGCAGCCGACAUCGCAGAAGCUCUGUACACAACAGUACCACGAGGACACAACCAGCUGGCCAGCCUUGGCAGCGGAUCUGUCCACGCUGGCAUGAUGGCCGUGAACUCAUUCACCGGGUCAGAGGUCGCACAAACAGCCAAUCAGGGUUUCAGUCGGAGCACCAGCAGCGUGUCCCCCCACGGUUAUGUCCCCAGCUCCACCCCUCAGCAGGGUAGCUACAGCUCUGUCUCCACUAGCAUGAACGGCUACGCUAACUCCGGCAUGGCGACUCUGGGCACCUCGCCCAACUUCCUCAACGGAUCUGCUGGCAACUCGCCCUAUGCUAUUGUCCCGUCCAGUCCUACCAUGGCGUCAUCGACCAGCCUACCGUCCAACUGCAGUAGCUCCUCCGGCAUCUUCUCCUUCUCUCCUGCCAACAUGGUCUCUGCGGCGGUCAAGCAGAAGAGCGCCUUCGCCCCGGUGGUCCGACCCCAGAACUCCCCCCCGCCCACCUGCACCAGCACGAACGCCAACAGUCUCCAAGAUCAGUCUUUUGUGGACUCUAGCAAGUACUCAUCUGCCAGCUCUCUGCAGAGCCUGGCCUUCUCCUGAACGAUCCCCGGGAUGAUCGUUCCACCCAUGUAGAGGAUCUGAAUAGCUGGAGAUUUUCUAAGACCCAGUAGCAGAGCGUGUCUGGUCUUAGUUCUGGUCCAGGACUCUGUUAAACUCAGGCCUUUCCAUCGGGAUCUGAUCUGGAGGAAGACGGGACGACAUGAACCUUUGUGAUGUUUUUCCCUCCUGGAUGAUUUAGUGUAGCUUCUCUGACACCACUGAGUAGAGUUUGAUAGUUUGCUCACAGUGUGACACUGACCUCAUGAACAAAGCAUUUAUUUAUCUUUGUGCUUCUGCCUGUAACGUUUGGGUUUGACCAGCGGAGGCUCCACACGCUCACACCAACACCAGUGUGAUGUUGGUUUGGCCGUGAAGUUACCCCCCAGUUACCCCUCCCACUAGGAGAUACUUCUCUCACCACUCACUGUAAUCCUGAAGCCAAAAAGCAGCCGAACGGAGCAAAGGUCAGCGUCAGACAAACCCAAACAGAACAAAAAUCAAACCCUUUUCUUUUUUUGCUGCUACAAAUUCAGUGAAACUAAAAAGAAGCAGAAGUUCGAAGGUUCCCUCUGUAAAACUCCUGCCUCUUUAUUUGUUGAACUACUUUUCUUUUCUCUUUUUUUGUUUUGAUAAAACUGUGAGGAUUGAGCUGUUUGCAAUAUGCUUUUCUGCUUGUCGUGAAAAGGUCAAAAGGUCAUUUAGCAUAAUUUGACAUAAUGUUGUUGGAGAUUUUGGGAAAAGACUUGAAAAUCCAGAGGAGGCGUGCGACCAGCCAGCACUGUACUGAAGGGGUCGAGCAAAUAUCAAAUUAGAAUAAGAGCGCGAUAUAUGUGAUAUAUUUUUGUACAUACAAAAUUACACUUUUUCAUUUGACAUUUCUUUUAUUGCAAUAGGUCUAGUUUGAAAUGUAAACAUUAAAUGUCUUAAGGCAGCUUCUCAGUACAGAAGAUAGAUUUACUGUCGUCAACAUCUCAACUGCUCAACAGGAGGAAAACCAUGGCGUUGGAAACAGAAGUGGAUUCCUGUAAAUGAUCCUAUAAAUAAUGUAUUUAUCCCGUGUUUGUACAUUUGCUCCUCACGCUGCAUUUAAUUGUGUUGUGUAAGUUUGAUGCCCGACGUGAAGGUCAUGUUUUCACUUUUGUUAUUUGCUGUUGUCAAUCAUUAUUUAAAUUAACUCCUUGUUGUUUUUUUAUUAUUAUUUUGGUUUCGUCUGUUCGUCAACCAUUCUUUCAUUGUUGACUCAAAACGUGACUUUGUCUAUUUUUGUAUUAUUUGUAAGUUAAUAAAAAAAAAAAAUCAAAACUU